GGCUCUCAGUUGCCGUUCGACUGCCGACUCGAUAGUUGCGCUCAUCUUCAAAGUACAAUUUGCUUCUUAAGACUCUUUUGUUUUCUUUUCCCCCUCAAUCACCAAACUAUUGCUUUACAGAAAACUGUGUGUAGCUUAUUCAUUUUUCCAAUUUCUAAACAUUUCACUCUUUUUGAGUGAAAAGGAAAAAAAAAAGAACUGAUCGAUUACCCUGGACCUUGUGCGCCAUCGUAUUUUCGUCCUUUGUGAUUGGGACCCACUUUUUGAGGGAAGAUUCGUAGCCCGGUGUACUAUUUCUGGGAGCCAUUGUUUUUUUUUUUUUUUUUGUGAUCGUCACCGAAAGCAAAACAUUUUGGGUCGUGAAAAUUCUACGCUGGGGAACCAUGUUGAACUUGCUGGACGAUUGGACUCGCAAUUCGAUCGAAUUCAAUCGCAGAUGUUUAUACGAAAAACGGCUUCACGAUAGCACUACGUUGGACAAUUUCCGCUAGGUUAUUUUUGGUUAAUUUUAUUUAAAAAGCCCGAGCCUUUCGAAAGCUUCCAAAAUUACGACGAAACGAAUUGCAUUUGUACAAAUCCCCUCUGAAAGAAUGUCGACAGGAAAGCGUUUGGCAAAGCGGUCAAUUGUUGGUACAAAAGUUGUGGUACUUCGAGAAGACGGUCUCUAUUAUCCAGGCAUAAUACAAGCGGUUAAGACUGCAGAAAUGGAUCCGUCCAGGGGGCAGUUGUUCUCGCACACGAAAUACGCCGUCCGUUCCAUCAUGGAGACGGCUGGUCCAGGCCGUCAGCAACUGCGUGAAUACUCUGAAGUGGAUCUGAUUGGUCCCGGUUUUCAGUCGACGGCCGGUUUGACGCUACAGCCGGGCCAGAAGGUCUACGUCACGUUUACCGGCCGCGAAGUUGCCGGUCACGUCACCAAACACCGACCAGACGUCGACGAGGUUCACAUCACUCUCCAAGUCUCCAAUUCGAAUUCAGUUGAUAUCGUCAAACGAAUGGAAGAAGUCCGUCUGAUGGAAUCACGAAAAUCAUUGCGUCUCAUGGACCAACACGACGUGGAUUUUGCUCGAUUGGCUGAUGGAGUCGUUGGUCUCACCACAUCCGCCAAUGGACAACUGCAAGAUGCUUGGCCAAACCAUCAGAUCAGCGUUGGUCAUCCGCCUCGUAAACGUUGUUCGUCUGCUUCAACGUCCGGAAUCGACGUCCCAGGCGCUUUCUUCGGGUCGCGUAAACGUCGCUCCAGUCCCAGCAACACCAACGGAACAGCCGACGUUAUCAUGGAUGAAGAUGAAGACAGCGAUGUUAUGGAUGAGUGUGCCGCCGCUAUGGUGUUGAUGCGUCUUUCAUGCAGCCCCCAUUCCCCCCGUUGGGAAGAUGUCGCUGCCUGGCAGAGCAAUCACAGUAGCAGUACUAGCAGCAGUAGUGGAGCUUUUUCGUGGCGUGGAAGCGUAUCCAGUAGCAGUGAUUCGCCACCACAUGCUUCAUCAACAGGAACAGCCGGCCGGGUCCUUCCUGUCGGCCAGGGGCGUAAGCUGAAAUUUCGCUCGGCAACACCAUCGCCACCUCUUAUGAGCGGAAGCGCUCCAGCCAAUUUUUCUGGAAGCCUUUACAAGUUUCAUUCGGGCCCGAGGGCUACUGUCGUUGCCAAACAGGCCCAAGAUGAUGGAAUCGUUAGUGAUGAAUCAAUCAGCGAAUGUGAUGAAGGGCCUUCGCCUUCACAGGUUAGGACAAUUUACCAAUGUACCUGGCCCGGCUGCUCGACCACGACCGACAAUUGCGAGGCUAUCGAAUCGCACGUGCGCUUAGUUCAUCUCGGGCCGCGCCAAAUCGACGAAGAAAUAAGCGAUCAUGAAGAGGAAUUUUAUUAUACGGAAGUAGAAGAGGAAGUUGAUGAGGAGAUUGCAGAUCAGCUACCGACCACUCUACCUCCUAAGGCCGAGAUCAUCGAAUCCUCGGUCGCUCAAUCGCAGAGCUUUCAGGAACAACAUCCCGGAUGGAUGGCUAGUUCACCACCCACAAUGUCUCACAUGGACAUGGCAAGACCUCCGCACGAAGAUCCAGAAUAUCAACGUGCCCUGAUGAAGGCGAGGCCGAUCGCCAUUCCAGCACGAGUUCGCAGCAUUUCAUGGUCUUCCGGUUACGGCUACGGUUCGAAUCUGCUCAAGCAGGCCAAAGUAGUUGUGUCGCCCACCAAUAAAACGUCUCCUACGCCAGCGCCAUCUACCGGACCUUCGAUUUUUACAGUCAAGAGCAGUCCCGUUCGCCGGCCUCGCGGCGAGGCCAAGAAAUGCCGCAAGGUUUACGGAAUGGAACACCGCGACCAGUGGUGCACUCAAUGCAAAUGGAAAAAGGCUUGCACUCGCUUUGGCGAGUAAAGGAAAACCCCUUCACCCAUGUAGGGGGAAGUUAUUAUUGUUUGGUGCUGGAUGUUAUGCGGAGUAGAAGCCAAGUGUUGCGGAUGACGGAUCUCAAAAGAUUCUAAAUACUUGGCUGCGUGACGGCUGAUAUCACUGAUAAAUUUUUAUUUUUUUUCCCCUUUCCUUUCGUUUGGGGAGGGGGGACAAAAUUAUUUUUGUUUGAAGAAGAAACAUUGCAAUUUUUCGUAGCUUCUUGAGCAUAUUUGUUGAGAAGAGUUGUCUAUGCUGGAACGUGUCGUGUGUAUACUUUCGGAUGUUAUCGUGACGAGUUUUGUUGUCUCUUGCCACUGACCAGGCUGCCGUAGCUCAGUGACGUUUCUGACUGGUGUUGUUAUUACCUCUCCGUACAACAUCCUUGAAAAUUUUGUUUUCAUCUUUUUUGUCCCACCUCAUAUCUACGUUACUUUCAAGAAAGCUUUGUACAGCGUUAGAUGGCUUUUUUCUACCAUGUUUUUUUUUGUCGAUUUAGAGUUAUUUUUGCGAUAACGCUGCGUGAAAUUUUAACGUUUAGAGAUUUAAUUUUAGCCCUUAUAUAUAUAUUUUUUUCAUCUCUUUUGUAGUUCGCAUAGCGGGGUUUUGAUUCCGUUUUUCUCAUUUCUUUCUCAAGACUGAUGGUUUCUGAAACAUUUGGUUUUUUCUCCUUACAAAUGGUGUUUUAGUUCUUAAUUUGCUUUUUUCUCCUGACUUGACUAUAAUUUUUUUUUGUAUUCAAGCGUGUCGACCCAGAGUUUUAUGGCGAGAUUUAAAUUUUUCAAUAUACAAAUUUCCCCUCGA